AUGGCGCUACAAAUUCUUCCACUACUUCAACUGGUAGUUCUGUUCCAAACGACUGAAAUUCUCUCCUACGCUCUACCUGUCUAUGGAACCAAACGAUAUGGACGCAACAACCAGCACGCGAGUACCAGCUCUUACGAUUCAUAUCCUUAUCAAACGGUAGUACCACAACAUUACACAGAACCAGUUAGUUACUACAAGUUGUAUCCAUACAGUGACACUUAUCACUCCAGCUACUACUACCCCCACCAAUCUUAUCCAUUACCGUAUUACGUACCAUCUAAGUACAAGAUCUACCAACCUAUUUUACCGUAUUAUUAUCAAGAACAUUGGCCCAGUCAGACUUACUCAAGUUAUUAUGAUUACAGUGACCCCGAUGACUUUUUACAAGAAACUGGAAGAGAGGAAAGGGAAGAGACGCAGCCUAUUGGCCAUGAAUCUUAUUAUGAAGAUACUGCAGAAGACAGUAAUAUGGAUGAUGUUAAUGCUGCUUUUCUCCAAAAUUUAAUUCUAACUCAAAUGUACCAAGACUCUCUGAAUAAUAAAGUUAAUGCUGACGCAUACGAUGACUACGAUGAGACUUUUGCUAAAAUUGAAGAAUUAAGUAAAAAACCUACACGUGUGCCUGAAGAUGAAAAUGUUAGGGAAUUAAAACAAUUACAGAAAGCUGCUAGAGAAAAUGGAAAUAAGAAAAAUAAACAGAAUAACAAUGUGCAUUGGGCGCAGGCCAAUAAUGAUCAUGAUUCUAAGCAGCAAAGAAGAAACAAGCAGAGGAAACAAAAACAAGAGAAACAAGACUCUAAACGAAGUAACCUUGGAGCUAACCAAUUAUUAUCCUUUCCUACUGAAGACACGGCAAUUUUUUCGGAACGUAAACCAAUACUGAAAACAUUUGCUAGUACCUUAGCUCCAUCUACGACUGAUGCUUCGGUAAUAAAUAACCGAGGACAGAAAGAAGAGUUCCAGAUGAGACCAGCGACUCCAAUAAGACACCCCUUCUCAGCUCCUGUGUUGACUAUGAUGUCACGAAGCGACCAGGAUAGAAAGAGGACGCCUUCGGUAUAUGAUACCAUCAAACAUUUGCUAGAUAUGGAGAAGAGCUUUGAAAAUGUAAGUUGA